AUGUCAUCCAAGAAAAACUUGUCCAAAGGCAAGUCAUCUGCUAGCGAGCUGAAGGCUCAAUUCAAAGAUCUUCAGCAACGGCUGGGGAAAAAUUCCGACGCUGGCACGAUCGAGACGGAUCCAGCUACGACAGGGAGGAAAUCGCUUUCCGAACGGCGUCCACUAUCGGGUGUUGACUUUCUGAGUGACUUGAGCGACGGCCUUUUAGUGGAAUCGCGUCGUCUCAACCAUGAAAACACACAAUUAAGGGCACAAUUAUCUGGUCUUCAAGAGAAGUACACUCAAGCCUCCCAGCAGCUACGCAAUUUGCAAGUGUUGAACAAGAAACUGAGCGAAAAGGAGGAAAACUCCAGUGAUCGAAUUUGGGAACUUGAAACACAGCUUAGCGACCUGCGAGACAACUCAGUCAAGUUACAGCAGAUGUACGAGAAAACAAGCAAGGACAAGUCUUCAAGAGAUGUGGAGCUGGAAAACUUGAAGACGCAACUUGAACUCUAUCAGGAGAAGCAAUCGGUGCUAGAAAAGGAGACCACAGCCAAGCUAUCGCAAUUGAAUGCCACCAUAAAGGAGCUAAAACAACGUAACUCUGAUCUGAACGACGAAAACGAUGAGCUGAACCAGAAAGUGCACAAGUUGUCGGCGAGUGAGAAUAAACGAUUAAGUCUGCCUCCUGCUAAUGACGAGAACGCUGAGUUGGAGAAGUACGACGAAUCUUCGCUGAUCGACCCUUCGUUGUCUCCGAUUCGUGAAAUAUCUCCAAACACCAUGCCUGAGUCUGACACUGCCAGUCUACAAAAAGCCUAUAAAACGAUUGCCAAGUUGAAACAGGAUCUGGCCAAAGUGAGGGCGGAGAAGGAAGAGCUCCAGAGAAAGCAGGCUAACAAAUCACCGAGGAAAUCGGCUAGACGCCAAUCUGUCGCCGAAAGUGGUGAAUGGGAUGAUUUCGACAAAAGCAUUGCUGUGAACACCACAGGCAAGGACUCGGAAUAUUCCAAUUUGCAAGUGCUUGAGGACGAGCUGGGAAAUCUCUCGGAUGAAUACGAUGAGAUGGAAACGUCGCAGAUAAAAUACCUCGAAAAUUAUGCUUCUAGGCAUGGACUGAAGCUCGUACCCGAAUCCAGCGACAAGACAGCUGACAAAUCCAUCAUCGAAGCCUCUACAGGAUACGACAUUGUUGCUUUGCCUAAUGACACAAAUGUGCACUCUCCAAUCGAGCAGCUGAAACAAAGAUGUCUUGAGCUGGAUAUGGUGUCGCUAAGAACAAGCGAGUACGAAGAUUUGGUGAAAAAGUCCAACUACGAGACGAUAGACAAGGACAAGUUGGAGAACGCCGGUCUUACACUUCUACCUUUGCUGGAGUUCAAAGCACUUGAAGGGAAGGCCAAUAAGCUUGAGACUGUACAUGCUGAGGUCGAGCAACUCCAGAAUCAAUUGGAAAACCCAGGUGCAGAAUAUAUCAACCGGAAAGCCUUCGAGCUGAGUCUGGUGACUCUUCCUGUUGAAGAGCACGAAAAGCUAAAGGCUGCAUUGAACACCAAAACGAAUGAGUUGAAUGCAGUGCAGGAAAAACUGCGGCAGGCGGAACUAAAACUGGAGACUUCAGCGACAUCACUGGAACAGCUGCAAAGUGGAGCACAGAGCCAUAAUAUGGCUCUUCUGCCAGCUUCGGAACAUAGAGAGCUGCUUGCAAAGGUUAAGGAACAGCAACAAGAUAUCGAGGCAUUCAAGGGGGCUAUCAAGGCCGCAGAGGACAAGCUAGCCUCUCCGGAUAUAUCCUAUAUCAAGGAAAUGGCAGGAAAAAAGAAUCUGGUUGUCUUGACCACUGAGGAAAACGAAUCUAUCAAAGCUGUGAGCACUCCUGUGAACAGCCCAGUGAAACGUAAUACUGAGCCUGGAAGCCCAACCAAACGUCAUGCUACGCUGGCCACCGAUGGAACUGUUGAAAUUGCUGCUUCAGCUUUACGUUCUCUUCAGCAAACCGUGGAAAACCCGACACUUCCAUACCUUAGCAGCAAGCUUUCCAAACUGGGCUAUAAAGCUUUGUCUAUCAAUGAGUACGAGCUGCUUGUGGCCAAAUCUUCUUCCAGUGGAGUUAACGUUUCUCCGCGCAAGCAGAGGGCACUCGAAUCUGCAGAGACGGUCGAGUCUCUGAAAAGACGGUGUGCGGAACGAGGACUCGUUGUCUUGUCCAAGUCUUCCUAUGAAAGCAUUCUUGUGUCCUCGAAAAGAUCACUUACCCCGGUAGAGCUGCUGGAAAGAGUCGACAAGUCGGGCAUGGUUGCCCUUAAGAAGGAAGACUACAAUGAGCUUUUGGGAACGAUUGGCUCUCUUGGCUCUCAGUUUGAGGAGCCAGUGGAGCAAAUGAAACGAGCUGGCCCUCAGCACAUUGGGGCUUCUCUCAACGAGCUCAAGUCGCUUGCUGAUCAACAAGCAAAGAUCUCCGCGUCCUAUGACUCGCCGCCUGUCUCGUACUUGGCUCAAAAAGCCCAGGAAGCUGGCUACAAAGUGGUGAGUGAAAAAGAGUACAAAGAGCGCAGAGUUGAGCCUUCUGUCGAAGAAUGCCGCGAGAUUGCUCAAAAGCAUAACUCCGUGCUGCUCGAUUUAGAGGAGCAUAAGGAGCUAUUGUCGCUGAAAGAUAGUGCCGCGCAUCCCUCAGAGGAACUUGUUUCCAAGCUUGCUGCUGCUGCUGGACUGAGUGUCCUGGGGGCAGCAGAGGCAAAGAAACUCACCAAUCCUUCAAAGUCGCAAGUUGUACAAUUGGCCAAAGAACACUCCUUGGUGGGACUGGAUAGUCGGGAGUAUGAAACUAUGCAGCAGGAGAUGAUGAAGUUGAAAGACGCUGUCAGCGAGCGUAGUCAACAGGUCGCAAACCUGGAAUCUCAGAUAAAGCAGCUCCAAGACCAGAUCAACAAGCCGACAGUCGAAUUUCUGCAGAGUGCUGCGGCGAAGAAUGGUUUUGUCUUGGUGGCUAAAAACGAAAGCGACAAAAAGGAAAACCAACUGAGGGUCUCCUCCAAGCUUGAACAAGAAGUGUCAAAGUUGAAGUCACAGGUGGCGACGCUGUCAGCACAGCUCAAGGAAACAGAAACUAGUGAUUUCGCUAGGUCGCAAGCAGCCAAAUACGAUCUUGUGGUGAUCCCUAUAUCUGAAAUGAAGCAAAAGGACGAUGAACUCGCACAUAGUCAAAAGCGGUUGAAUGAAAAGUCCAAAGCUCUGCAUACAGUUGAGAAGCAAGUGCAGGAACUGACAAAGCAGUUGAACCACACGAGGAAAGAGCUCGAUUUGCAGAAGAAGGCCCCUCCUUCUCUCGAGACCGCCAAGACUGUUGUGAGCAAAAGCGGGCUACUUUGUUUGUCACAAGCAGAGGUGGACCAGCUUUCACAAGCCAAUUCGCGUGAAACUGUCUAUGUCGAUGCUCCAAGUGAACCAUUGGGCUCCAAGGAACGUACACUGAAAGUCGAUGAGUUGAAGGAGCAUGCCUCUAAGCUGGGAUUCAUGCUUGUGCCUGCUGGACAGAAGAGACAGCCUCAAAAAGUGGACGUGCAGAAACUCAAAGAGCUCGCCAAAGCACACGGUUUAGAGACCAUAGACACUUCCAAACUGCGGAAGCUUCAAGAAAAUAGCAAGAUUGAUCUUCCUACGCUUCACGCCGCCGCCAGGUCUUUGGGCGUGACCGUGGUCGAUCCUAAAGCAGCUCCAAAGAGGGCUGAGCUGAGCCAAGCGGCAGGCAAACUGGGUCUGAAGCUCAUGAGCUCAUCAGAAAUCGAAGCACUGAGGAAACGGCCUAUCACUUCAAAAGAUCUUGCUGCUAAAGCUGCUGAACUCAAGCUAAAGCUUGUGCCAGAGAACGAACACGGCGGCUUGCGAAAGCCCGUUCUCGAUAGCGAUCUCAAACAAUUAUGCAAAUCGAAGGGAUAUAUGCUUAUCCCAGAGUCCAAAUUCGUGGCCACUACAGUUUCGAGGACUGUGGAUGAGUCCAACAUUGUCGUCGUUCCUUCCACCUACUACAAUAAAUUAAUCAGAAGCCACGCCUGGUACAAAAACCACAAGACAGACGUUAACGAGAUGGAGAAACCAGCCACGACCGUUCUGGAAGAGGACGAGCCAAGUGUCUUUUCUGCGGAAGCUGCCAGACAAAUACAGCCAUUAUCGCCUGGACUUUCAAUGAACAACCUAGCUAGACAUGCCACUACGUCUACUGUUCAGACAACAGGCACUUUCAAGUUCACCAACCAGGAGAUGAUUGCCGCAAUUACUCAAACGAUUAUUGGAGAGUAUCUUUACAAAUACUACAGAAAGCUCGGUCCGCUGUCUUCUCUCUCUGAAGCCAGACACGAAAGAUACUUCUGGAUUCAUCCUUACAGCCUUACGCUUUACUGGUCUGCUGCCAAUCCUAUACUUGGUGACCCAUCUGAAAACAAGAUUCGGGCCCUGGCGAUUAGCAGCGUCGAGUCUGUCGAGGAUAACAAUCCACUGCCUCCUGGAUUGUAUCACAAAAGCAUUCUUGUUCACUCUGUCGACAGAACGAUCAGAAUCACCUGUCCAACCCAAAAGCGCCACAGCAUUUGGUUCAACUCGCUAAGGUAUUUGAUCGACCGAAGUGUCGACGAAAACAUAAACGAAGACCCAGAAAACCAAUACGACAUCUCGUACGCAUUGGACGACCGCGUGGAAUACGAAAGAAAUGGACGCGGGCAGCCGCCAUCAAGAAGCUUGACGACUAAAGGACUGUUUGGCAACAUCAUGCCUGCCAAAAAGGAUUAA